CGUUAGUCAACUACACGCUAAAGAAGACAUAAUUUUGUUUUAAAGAAGAUUGCGUGCCUUCAUAUCAUAGUCAUACCUAACCCAACUCUUGUAGUUCCAAAACUCUUAAAUUACCAAAUACCCUUUUCUUUUCCUUCACAGUCCAAUUUUUGCCUUUUCACUUUUCAUCUUAAUCUCUGAUGGAUAUUUAUCGGCUUCAGUUGCGGCAUAAUAAACAUCUCAAGAGUUUAAUUAAUUAUCUUGUUUUGGGUUUGAGAUGAUUGAUGGUGAUCAUGGAGGAGAAGGGUAUGAAGCCUAUUUUAGUCAACUUUGGUUUGGCUUUUGCUCUUUCAUUUGCUGGAUUUCUCUGCUCACGCCUCAGAAUCAAGACAUCUCCUAACUCACACUCACCCACCGCGCGUCCUUCAGGUCAUGAAAGUGAAGUUAAUUUAGAAGAAGAUAUUGGGGCAACAUUCAGUACUUCCAAGACUGUCUCAGAGCAGGAAGAAACAUGCACCAAAGGAUUGAGGAGUGAUAAUUCUUCCAUUGCUCUUUCCAGUAGCAGUCAACAAAAUGGAGAUAAAAAUGAGUUCCUUCUACCUGAAUUUGACGAGCUAGUUAAGGAGGUAGAGUUUGAAGUAGAAGUAGGAUCUUCUAGAGCAUAUGCAGGUCCUGAUAAGGAUGAAUAUCAACAAGAGAUAAGUCAACUUAGGAACAUGGUUAGAUUGCUUCAAGACAAGGAACAGAAUCUUGAGGUUCAGCUUCUUGAGUAUUGUGGUCUUAGAGAGCAAGAAACAGUUGUGAUAGAGCUCCAAAAUAGAUUGAAGAUAAGUAAUAUGGAGGUAAAGAUGUUCAACCUGAAGGUUAAAAACUUACAGUCCGAGAAUCAGAGAUUAAAGGAACAGGUUGUCAAUCAUGCAAAGGUGCUGGCUGAGCUUGAUGUAGCAAAAUCAAAAAUCGAACUGCUCAAUAGGGAAAUUAGUUACGAAGCCGAACAGAAUAAGGAACGGAUUGUUACUCUUCAACAAAGAGUGGCCAAGUUGCAAGACCAAGAAUACAAAGAUGCAGCUUGUGAUCAAGAUAUUAAAAUAAAGCUACAAAAGCUAAAGGCUCUUGAGUCUGAAGUAGAAGAGUUGAGGAAAUCUAAUUUAAAGUUGCAGAUAGAGAAUUCUGACUUAGCUCGGAGAUUGGAUUCUGACUUAAAGCGAGAAAGUGAGCGUCUUAGAAAUGAAAACGAGGGUUUAAUGAAGCAAAUUGAGCAACUACGAUCUGAUCGAUGCUCAGAUCUUGAAGAAUUAGUUUACAUGCGGUGGAUAAACGCUUGCUUAAGAUACGAGCUGCGGAAUUAUCAGCCUCCACCCAAUAAAACAGUUGCAAAGGACUUGAGUAAAAGUUUGAGCCCUACUUCUGAGAAGAAAGCCAAGCAGCUUAUACUCGAAUAUGCCAAUACUAAUGAACAAGGGAAUAUUGUGGACUUUGAUUUUGACCAAUGCUCUUCCUCUCAAGCUUCUUCUAUUACUGACUUUGGAGUGUAUGAUGAUUUUUCUUCUGUUGAUAAUUCAUCUGCUGCCAGAACUAACACCACAAGGCAGACCAAAUUUUUUAGCAAGCUUAGGAGACUGAUACUAGGAAAGGAUAGUAAUCAUCACCAUAGUCAGGUUUCAUCUAGAUAUCACGAAGAUAGAAAUUCUUCACGACCGAGUACAUCGAUCGGAAUUGAUGGUAGAACUUCCUCUGAUUUCUCCACGUUGACGAGUAUGAACGAAGGGGAAAGGAGAUAUUCAGGUAGCAUUGUCAUGGGAAGCUCAAACAAAUUCAGUUUAGGUAAAGGAGGUUCCUUCUCAGGUUUUUUAGGCGUAGAGAAAUCCAAUUUGGAGAAAUAUGCAGAAGCUCUAAAAGAUUCUAGUGUGAAUGCUAAACAUGGAAGACGUGGAAGAUCAGUAUCAUACAGUUAGUUAGUUUUAGGUUAUUGUCAUUAUGCAAGGCUUUUACCUUUUUGACUGUGAAUAUUAUUAUGUAUUAGAAACUUAUGUUGCACUGUUAACCAUGUAAUUUAUAUUAGCCUUUAGGAUAGUCACCUACCAUGUAUCACAGAAUAAUGAGUUUUCAAUCAUUGGCAAGCAUUCAUCAAUAAAUAAUAACAGUAUUCUGCUUCUGAUUAUCACAGAAUAUUUAA